GUUAUGGUAGCCACAACCGUAUAAACAAACCAUCCGUCUCGACAAACCGUCAGUAUCAUGACAGCAGCACGCACUUUACCUACCCGCCCUGCAAUUCUGCGCUUCUUGUGCUUGUUAUUGGAUUUAUUUGUGCCAAAGUGUGCGGAGCGACAACAGUCAGUCCGUGUCUCUCUUCUCGGUCGUUGUACAGAUCUUCUUCAAAGCAGUGCUCUCAUUCAGAAGUGAGCACAUCUAUCUCUUCGUACUUUUGAGUCAUCCUCUUCUAGUUUUCUACAUCACCUUUUGGAAGGAAAUAUUAUCAGUUGGACAUUUUAUGAAGUUCUUAAGAUUCCACCAUGACGCAGACUCUGGAUCCCAACUGCUCCAACAGCUCAGAAGACUGGAACACCUUUUACUUCAACUCCUCAAGGGACCCCCAAUACCUCCAAAACCCACCCUACCACUCCACCCAUCAGAAUAUCACCUAUGUGGACUUGUACCUUCACGAGCCCUCGGUGGCGGUAGUCUUCAUUGUGUCCUACCUGCUCAUCUUCCUGGUCUGUAUGGUGGGGAAUGGUGUGGUGUGUUUCAUCGUGCUGCGGAGCAAGAAUAUGAGGACAGUCACCAACCUCUUCAUACUCAAUCUGGCUAUUAGUGAUUUGUUGGUUGGCAUAUUCUGUAUGCCCACUACCCUGGUGGAUAACAUCAUAACAGGCUGGCCUUUUGGAAGUUUAGUGUGUAAGCUGAGUGGGAUGGUUCAAGGCAUAUCAGUGUCAGCUUCAGUCUUUACUCUGGUGGCAAUAGCUGUGGACAGGUUCCGCUGCAUCGUAUACCCCUUCAAGCAGAAGCUGACCAUCUCCACCGCCACGCUGAUCAUUGUCAUCAUCUGGGUCCUGGCUAUCUCCAUCAUGUGUCCUUCAGGGGUCAUGCUCCAGGUGACCAAGGAGCAGCGUGUCCUGAUCCUACUGGGGGACGGCUACAACAACACACGCCCAAUCUACUGGUGCCGUGAGAACUGGCCCAAUCAGGAAAUGAGGAAGAUCUACACCACUGUCCUAUUUGCUAACAUCUACCUAGCCCCACUGUCACUCAUCGUCAUCAUGUACGUCCGCAUCGGAUUCACCCUCUUCAAGAUGGCUGUGCCCGCCUCAGGCCCGGGAAUCAGUAGUGGCAGCAGUGGUGGCACGAAGCCCGGCCUGGACAACCACCGUCAGACGGUGUCGAAGAAGAAGAAGAAGGUGAUCAAGAUGCUGCUGAUGGUGGCGUUGCUUUUCAUCCUGUCGUGGCUGCCGCUCUGGACGUUGAUGAUGCUGAGUGACUACGCCAGCCUGACAGCGAGCCAGCACCGUGUCAUCAACAUCUACGUGUACCCGCUGGCCCACUGGCUGGCCUUCUUCAACUCCUCCGUCAACCCCAUCAUCUACGGCUUCUUCAACGAGAACUUCCGCCGGGGUUUCGAGGCCGCGUUUAAGUUCCAGCUGUGCGUCGCCUACAUGGAGCGUCGUAUCCAAGGCAACGCAGUGUUACCUGAGAACCUGCAUCUGCCCACCAGGCCCAGCUCGGUAGGGUCAGGAUUGGCUUUGGUGAACGGGAAGGGGCUGGGCCGGGAGGAAGUUGUCGGGCGGACGUCGGGCGAGAGGACGUCGGGGAGCAACGCGAAGGAGCAUGAUCUGAUCAUGGAGGAUCUGGAGAAGACAGAAAUACUCCUCAGUUUCAUCAGCUGUCCGGGUGGCUGGUCUCAGACGAUCCCACAGGAGAAGAAGCCGGAUCUGGAGGUCCUGGGCUGGCGUGUUUAAACGUGGUCUGCGGUUGUAAGGCCAGUUGUUCAUACUGCCAAAUUCUCUAAAACAACAUUGGAGGCAGUUUAUUGUAGAGAAAUUAACAUUAAAUUCUCUGUCAACAGCUAUGGUAGAUAUUCCUGCAGUCAGCAUACCAUUUCCACGCUCUCUCAAAACGUAAUAAUUAAAACCAGCACAAGGUGCACCUGGAUAAUGAUCACAAUGUUUAAUCAGCUUCUUUACCUGUAAAGGAGAAAUGCUCCCUAAAAGGGAUGUAAACAAAUUUGUGCACAAAACUUGAGAGAAAUAAGCUUUUUGUGCAUAUGGAACAUUUCUGUGAUCUUUUAUUUCAGCUCAUGAAACAUGGGACCAACACUUUACAUGUUGCGUUUAUAUUUCUGUUCAGUACAGCACUUUGGUUUCACUAAUAAAUAUGUUGAAAUGGAACCAAAUUACCUGUUUCUGUCUUCAGUCCUUUUUAAAUAGGAUAGAUGGGCUAUAUGGGCUACAGUAUAGGUUGAAUGUGAUAGUCUGCACAUAACCUGCCUGAGUAGGACGAUAACACCAUUCCUAUUCUAAUCCGAGUUUCGAGAAAUUAAUCUAAUUGGAAAUAAAUUUGGAAAAAUCCACUCGCACUCAGCCCCGCCCCACCUACUCAGCCAGUCAGGAUCUGCUACUGCGUUGCGGCCGAGGCAUACUGCAUACGUUUUACUAAACGGUACGUAUGUGACGAUGAGUACAGUAUGCAGUUUAAGUAUGAACAGUAGUACACUAGUAUGGGUAUUCGGCCACUGACACUGUUGACAGGGAAUUAUUGAUCUGUUCCUGGAGAGUUACCCUGCUGUAGGUUUUCGCUCCAACCCCAGUUGUAGCUAACCUGAUUCAGCUUAUCAACCAGCAAAUGUUUUGAAUCAGGUGUGCUAAAUUAGGGUUGGAGCAAAAACGUACAGGACGGUAGCUCUCCAGGAAACGGUUUGCUGUGUGAAUAUAUUAUGAGCUGUGUCAUGUCUGUUGAAGUCAUGAAAUGUCAUGAAAUGUUAUGAUAGGUUGUCUAUCAUUCAAAUAAAAAGCAUGAGCUGGUGCACACCCAGAGACAAUUAUUUUGUAUAGAGGUGCUGACUAAUAGCGAAUAAACUGUAAGCUAUAAAAACAUAAAUAGAGUCGCACACUCUGUCUAUAAACUCUUGAGUAAUUUAUUGGGUUAUUGCCGACCCAA